CGGCGCCCCGUCGGCCCCGCCGCCGCCGCCGCCGCCACCGCCCGCGGAGCCGGAGGAGGCGGAGCUGGAGCUGUCCCGGCUCCCGAGCGGGGAAGCAGGCGAGGAGGCGGCGCGGCGGGCCCUGGCCGAGGAUCGGGCGGGGCGGCGGGGGAGGCUGGCAGGCGGUGCCGGCAGCGCUGGGAGUGCGGCUCCGCGGGGUAGGCGCUCCCGGCGAGAGGUGUCCGCUCCAUGCGUGCGGGCCCAGCCCGGCCCCUGCGAGCCGCCGACAUGAAGAAAGACGUGCGGAUCCUGCUGGUGGGAGAACCUAGAGUUGGGAAGACAUCACUGAUUAUGUCUCUGGUCAGUGAAGAAUUCCCAGAAGAGGUUCCUCCCCGGGCAGAAGAAAUUACCAUUCCAGCUGAUGUCACCCCUGAGAGAGUUCCAACACACAUCGUAGAUUACUCAGAAGCAGAACAGAGUGAUGAACAGCUUCAUCAAGAGAUAUCACAGGCUAAUGUCAUCUGCAUAGUUUAUGCUGUUAACAAUAAGCAUUCUAUUGAUAAGGUAACAAGUCGAUGGAUUCCUCUUAUAAAUGAAAGAACAGACAAAGACAGCAGGCUGCCUUUGAUACUUGUUGGGAACAAAUCUGAUCUGGUGGAAUAUAGUAGUAUGGAGACCAUCCUUCCCAUUAUGAACCAGUAUACAGAAAUAGAAACCUGUGUGGAGUGUUCAGCAAAAAACCUCAAGAACAUAUCAGAGCUCUUUUAUUACGCACAGAAAGCUGUUCUUCAUCCUACCGGGCCCCUGUACUGCCCAGAGGAGAAAGAGAUGAAACCAGCCUGUAUAAAAGCCCUCACCCGUAUAUUUAAAAUAUCUGAUCAAGAUAAUGAUGGCACUCUCAAUGAUGCUGAACUCAACUUCUUUCAGAGGAUUUGUUUCAAUACUCCAUUAGCUCCCCAAGCUCUGGAAGAUGUCAAGAAUGUAGUCCGGAAACAUAUAAGUGAUGGUGUGGCUGACAGUGGAUUGACAUUGAAAGGUUUUCUUUUUUUACACACACUUUUUAUCCAGAGAGGGAGACACGAAACUACCUGGACUGUGCUUCGACGAUUUGGUUAUGAUGAUGAUCUGGAUUUGACACCCGAGUAUUUAUUCCCCUUGCUAAAAAUACCUCCUGAUUGCACUACUGAAUUAAAUCAUCAUGCGUAUUUGUUUCUUCAGAGCACCUUUGACAAGCAUGAUUUGGAUAGAGACUGUGCUUUGUCACCUGAUGAGCUUAAAGAUUUGUUUAAAGUUUUCCCUUACAUACCGUGGGGGCCAGAUGUGAAUAACACAGUUUGUACAAAUGAAAGAGGCUGGAUAACUUACCAGGGAUUUCUUUCCCAGUGGACGCUCACGACCUACUUAGACGUCCAGCGAUGCCUGGAGUAUUUGGGCUAUCUAGGCUAUUCUAUAUUGACUGAGCAAGAGUCUCAAGCUUCAGCCAUUACAGUAACAAGAGAUAAAAAGAUAGACCUUCAGAAAAAACAGACUCAAAGAAAUGUGUUCAGAUGUAAUGUAAUUGGGAUGAAAAACUGUGGGAAGAGUGGAGUUCUUCAGGCUCUUCUUGGAAGAAACUUAAUGAGGCAGAAGAAAAUUCGUGAUGAUCAUAAAUCCUACUAUGCGAUCAACACUGUUUAUGUAUAUGGACAAGAGAAAUACUUGUUGUUGCAUGAUAUCUCUGAAUCGGAAUUUCUAACUGAGGCUGAGAUCAUUUGUGAUGUUGUGUGCCUGGUAUAUGACGUCAGUAACCCCAAAUCCUUUGAAUACUGUGCUAGGAUUUUUAAGCAACACUUCAUGGACAGCAGAAUACCUUGCUUAAUCAUAGCUGCAAAGUCAGACCUGCAUGAAGUCAAACAAGACUAUAGUAUUUCACCUGCUGAUUUCUGCAGGAAACACAAAAUGCCUCCACCACAAGCCUUCACUUGCAAUACUGCUGAAGCACCCAGUAAAGAUAUCUUUGUUAAACUGACAACGAUGGCCAUGUACCCAGAGGAUCAUUACAGAGACAGACUCUCCCGAGACAUGGGCAACACUGAUAGAAUAGAGAAUUUGAGAAAAAUCUGGGUCUUUCUAAAAACUGCUUUCCAUGCCCGGUUACGCUGUAUGUGCACCUGCAACAGGUGUACAUUUUGCAUCUGUCAGAACUUCCUCAACUCAGACUUGCUGCAAUCUGUAAAGAACAAAAUCUUCACUGCAGUUCUUAACAGGCAUGUGACACAAGCUGACCUCAAGAGCUCCACGUUUUGGCUUCGAGCAAGUUUUGGUGCUACUGUUUUUGCAGUUUUGGGUUUUGCUAUGUACAAAGCAUUGUUGAAACAGCGAUGAUUAAAAAAAAAAAUACUGGCCCUACCAAAAACAAAUACUUUUAUGUAUUUAUGUAUGCUUUAAAUUCUGCUAGAAAUAUUGAGAUAUUUAUACAUGCAGAGUUACUUUAUUAAUAUUUGUAAUUCAUGCAUAAGAGUAUUUUAAUGAUAGUUAUAACUGCAGUAUUGGCUAGCAUAUGGAAAGAAAGAGCUUAACAGCCAAACUAAAAUGGCUAAAUUUCAGAGGCCAAAAGGGAAUAUUUUGUAAAUAAUGUACAUAUUCAGGCAAGAUAUGGUCUCCCAAACUAAAUUCUAGAAAUGUUGUUUCUAGAUGUUUCUACAUGGUAUUGUUAGUGUUCGGUUGGCCCACUCUCCUAGAUCUAAGUCAGCUCAGAGAUUGUAUUUACUCAUGGAUCACUUAUUUAUUUCACAUUUUACUCAGAACGAUCCUUUGGGUUCUUCAAAGAACACCAGGCACAAUUUGCCAUUUUCUCUCCAUUUUUAAAAACAGAUACGUCCCGGUCGGCUCACACCUCUCUUUCAGUCAUUCGUUGGCAGGCCAGCCUCGAAGCUGUCGUGCUGUGUAGAAAGUUGCAUAGCUGAGUGAAGUGCUUCUUGAAGGAAGGAGUGAGUUAAAGGCAGUUAGCUGGGGCAUUACCUAUAUGAUUAUGUUGCUUCCUUUGUCUGUAUGUGGAAUUUUAUAGCCCUUUCAAUCAAAUGAGAAAAAAGAUUUGUAUAUUAUCAAUGUUUUUAGUUUAAAUAAACAGUCACCGUUACUACUACUGAACUUCCUCCCCCAGUGUACAUCAUUUGAUAACGGCCGUGUCUGUUAUAACGUCUUAGAGUGGCUGCACGUGUCAAAGUGUUCUCUGUCUGGCUAGGAUAACCCGGAGGCAGCACUUGUUUAAAUGGUAAAAUAAAUCUAAUGAACAUAAGCUCUCAUGAUAAACCUAUUUUUUUUCCAUCAUCAACCUUUUCGAGUAUUUAAAUAAAUAACUGCUGUGGACCAUG